AUGACGGAAAUGGAAAGGAAAGCGACGAUCAUCGUCGGCUAUCAGCUGCGAGUGUUGCUGCUAGCGGUGACUUUCGCCGCUGCAAUCCAGAUCGAUAAUCGGCUCGUGCAGCCGCAACAUGAUUGCUUCGAACGAAUAGCACUAGGCGCGAUGCUACCGUUCGAGAAGACGUUCCGGAAUUCGGACACGAACUCGUUGAAGAUCUGCGAAACGCUCUGCCUGAACGACAAGGAGUGUCAAACGUUCGCUUUCGGCAUUUCCGGCCGGGGCAACGGUACGUGUCAGUUGUCGGCAAACACAAUCGAUGCCACCAAAUCACGCCCGGUAGGAACGAUCUUCGAUCCCGACUUUGAUCUGUACGCACGCAAGUACAACUGUUUUUUAGAUGGACCCACAAACCCGCCACCCAAACCGGGAGGCCUGGGUAUCUUCCCGAAUGGUGAGCUACAACCCGGUGGUGGUCCUCAACGGCAGCCUCCACCUCAACUCCCACCAACGGCACAACAACCCCCAAGUGGUGGCGCUUUUCCUCCACCGAACCUUAUCGAACGUCCUGGUCCACCCGUCUUCGGUCCACCGGUGUCUUCCACAGGCAUUGAUUCCCCAACAACGGCGAAUGGUGGCUUUGUGGACAAUUCGCGUCCCACCAGUGAAUACGGAACGACAGCCCCGGGCACGACGUACGGCCAGACGAACGGAGAAACGUUCCCGGAAACGACGGCCCCAGCUGAGGAGUUCUACAGCACUAAGGAUACCUCACGACCGGGCCAAACCGGUGGAAGUCCUUACCUCCCGACGAGCACAGCCGCUGGUCCUCAGUACACUCUGGGCUCCGGAGAACGACUGCCACCUUCUCAGCCGGGUGCGACUAUGCCAGAUCGUGAAGCACCCACGAAAUAUCCGACGGACUUCCGACCAACGUAUGGAGCUGGUGGAGGCGCCCCAGCUGGAGGUCCUUCGAGACCGGGCGGUACUUACCCGUAUCAAUUCCCGAUGUUGUAUGAGACGCACUACCCACUGCCGAAUGACAAGAACGGAUAUCCCGAGAUCUAUGCCCAGAACGUACCCACGCUAGACAACAACUACCUCCGGCCGGAAUACGGUGGAACAAGCUUUGGUAGACCUUCAGGACCUUCGGGGAGCACUCCACCAGUAGGACCUCCAGAGUAUGGUGGAGUUCAUCGGCCAGGAUCUGGUUCGGGUUCCUCGAGCGGAUAUGGAGGCGCUAACAACCCAACUCAACAUCGUCCGUCAUCUCCGAGCUCAAGCGGAUACGGUGGCCAAGCUGUACGUCCGUCGUCAUCCGGGACAGGAUCAGGUCCUUCAGGUUACGGCAUCGUUCGUCCUGCACCGGCUCCACCCAUCGCCCAGCCUGGACCGUCCUCUGGAUCAGGCUACAACGUCCAUGAGGACAAGCUCGAGCUGCACCCGACGUCAUCUUCCAAACGCCCUUGCUACCGUCGGGUGUUGGCCGGAAAGCGUGUCGCCCCACAGUGGGUCCGCAGAACGCUUAUCUGCGAGCGCGUUGAAGACUGCCAACGAGAGUGCGGCGAUGAAAGGCGAUUCUCCUGUGAAGGUUUCAACUAUCGGUUGGACCCCACGGGACGUGGACAGGGUGACUGUGAGCUGAUCGAUCAGCCACUCUCGCAGAUCGAUCUCUAUUCUAGCCCACAUCAGCGUGACUCGAACCUGAUGCGUGAUCCCGACUACGACUACUACGAACGCGAUCGCAGCGCUACGGCCAACUGUCGGCCAAGCUGCAAAGAUUGCAUGCUGAAGCCUUACCGGCCUGGACCGUUGGAGUUUGUUCGACCCACCACGUACCGGCCACAUCAUCCCGAGAGCUACAAGCCUUAUCCAUCGGAACCACUACCUUACGAAGAGGAACACCAUCGGUACAAACCAGUGAUCACUGCGAUCGAUAAGUACCGACCACCGAUGUACGCCAGCCGACCAGAGUUUGAACGUUACAGUCCAUCAUCCAGCUACUAUCCUGCACCUCCAGUGGACUCGUACCGGCCAGUCGUGUCGUACAAACCAUCGUACGGCGCCGAAAUCGAUCGCUACGGUACGCUCGAUCAAGGAUUCUUCAAACCGUACGAACCCCGACCAGAAUACCCACGACCACUUUCCCACCACGAGGACGUGCGUCCACCGGUAGUACAUCGUCCUCGACAUCCGUACGAGGAUCGUGACUCACCACCACCAACGUCUUCCGCGACAAGCGGUGGUUCACAGUACGGUGGAAAACCAAGCACUUUCAUCCCGUACCUGAUCGGACAGAACAUCCACAAGAACGGUGGCGUUUAUGGCGGGUCGUAUGGACCGUCGUUUAACACCGAUUCGUACAAGUCGAUCUCUGAUUACUGGGGGUUGCGGAACGAGAUCAAGCGCUACGAUAGCCCAUCGUUCAACUACUUCGAGCUGCGUAACGAUCAUCCCUUCGAUGACAACAACGUGUGGAGCUAUGGAGGUAGUCGAUACGGCUAUGAGGAGGAUCAUCACUCGCAGCAUCACCAUCCCAUCCAGCCUUAUGGAGAUGGUCCACGUGUGAGCUUUGGGCAGCAAUGGAUUCGCCGGCCAAGCCAUGAGGAAUGUUCGGUGAAGUCAAGUGAAGGCUUCCGGUUGCAUAAGGGCAUUGUGAAGUACGCCCUCAACACACCCACCGUGGUGGAGUGUGAAAGGAUGUGCUAUUCGGAGUCGCGAUUCCGUUGUCUGACAUUCAGCUACCGGUACUCGGCGGUGUCACGAGAGAACUGCCUCUUGUGUGAUCGACCGUUUAAUCUGCUCGAUUUCUACGCAGAUCUCGAGCCAGAUCGAGACUAUGAUAUCUACUCGAUGAGCGAUGAUACGAAGAUCUGCCACCCGGAGCCGAACCACCCGAGAAGGGAUUACAAUGCGCAGUGCUUCAUACGCGUGAUAGACUCGGCGCGGUUCUUCAAGUCGAUCGUGCGAGACUCCCUGACGGUGCGAUCGAUCGGAGAAUGCGAGCUGGAGUGCAUCAAGGCAACGAAGUUCACGUGCCGUGCGUUCACGUACAGCUUCGGGCCAAACAGCAUCAACGCGGUGAUCGACAACUGCCAACUGUCGGAUUGGCCGGUUCGGGAUAUGGACAAGGAUCGACAUCUGGUGCCAGAUGAGAGCUUCGACGUGUUCGAGCGAGCCAGCUAUGGGCAGGGAUGUGAGAUCCAGCCCAUUAUCGACGACAAGCACAACAAGAAGUUCUGCUACCUCGGUUACGGAUCUCCAGCCAAGUUGCUCUCGUCGGCGAUCAAGAAGGUCACCUCAGUGAACACGGAACUGGAUUGCAAGAACGAGUGCGUUCGAUUGCGUGAGGGGACCCACUUCAAGUGUCUGUCGUUUAGCUUUGGCUCUCAGGCGUCGACGUACAACUGCGAGAUGUCGGAUUUGGACCAGAGUGAGCUGAAGCUGGGCGUGCACUACGCACACACGACCGAUCGCGAUUUCUGGCUGUUCGCAUGGAACCCGUUCGACUACACGUGCAGGGAUAAGAUCACGACGAUCAGCGGUGGAACGCGGAUGAACCACGACCGCCGGAUAGACAUCUUCCGUGAACCGGGUGAUGGAAGUUGGCGUCAGUAUACCGUCUCGGGCAAACCCUGCCGCCAAGGUACCAAGUGCGAGCGGAACAAUAUCACAGGGUUUUACUCCUGCGAGAUAGAGGGUGGUGAGAUUGGUUCAUGGGAUUAUUGCUGUAAGGCCGAGCACCCUUGUGGCUACUCGCGAGGGUUCGACUAUCCAUGGUGCUUCGUGGGUGAUGCCCCAGAUCAGUGGCGCAAGUGCAGCGAUAAGUACUUCCCCGCGAAACAGCACGAUUCGCGUUAUCAAAACAAGAAUAAAAAGGGUGAAGUCUAUCAGCCACCACCGAAGCCUGGAGGACUGAGGCAUCUGGACGGUGUGACGGCCCCGGCUGAGCUCUGGCCCGUCACCUAUCUGUACGAGAAGGGGCCACCGAACGCGACCGAGAUCAGCAACAGCGUGAUCGACUGCAAGAAGGAUAAGUGCUGAGAUGCGACCGUGGUCGGGCCCCGACCGGAAACGAAAUCAUACUCAAUGCAACCGAUGGCAGGGCCAAAAGUGCGCCAACACGAACCCAACAUGCAACACAGGACGCUGAGACAUUACAUUGCUAGUAGUACUUUCAUAGUAGGAACGGUAGGUUUAAAUGUAAGGAAGGUGAGAGAUCCCCUUCGUCAGAUAUUCCCUCUAUUUUCUUGAGCAAGCAGAUAUUAGCCGCGCCGGCAGAUCUGAAAUCAGAUUGGUACUACUUCUACAGCAAACUGCCGUGCGGAAGGACACACGCAUCUAAGAGCGGUUAGAUUUUAGGAGCUUAGCUAUUAGCGUUAGUGUGCUGUACACCUUUAGGCUUAUCGUCGGAAGCAAAAAGAAGAAGAUGAAAAAACAGCGAAAAUGCGUCCCCUUGCAUGUAAAGACAUAGAGCGUCUUCAUUCCCUCCUCGGGAAGAUGCGAUACAGCAGUUUAAAUCGCUGGAUUGUGAUAGACGGCGGCAAACCGGCUGACAAGGGUGGCACGGCGGAGGCGAACUUUCCGGCGGAUGAUUUUAUAAUAUUUAUUC